ACUGUCCUGUCGUUACCACUGAUACGCAAGCAACCGGAGCUUGGAUAAACGGUGAAGGGUAGAACGCAAACCUGCAGGCAACUUAAGGGAAGCCCAGACAGUGUUUGGACCCGGGGGAGAGAUAGAGAUUGCAGUCAAGAGAAUCGCGUUGGAUUCGUUUAAUUUAGCAAAUUAACAGAUUUGUGGAUAUUUGAAUAUCACGCGAUAGAAUAGCCGUCUGUAGGACUGUGGAAUGGCAGUGACGAGCUUGCAUUUAUAUUCUACUUGGGUAUAACAUUUAAGUUAUUAUAUUAUACAGUUUUUAAGGGAAUCCACCUGUUCUAUAUGAUACUGUGAACGCGCUUUUAGGAUGUACUAAAAUGAUGGAUGUCAUACAGUCGGAGUCAACACGGGACACACUUGGAACAGAAAACUACACUUCUACGCAUUUAUUUUGAAUUUGAGUUGUUUCUUGGAUUCUGAUUUUAUCUUUCAAAAGAACUAAGUAUAAUACACAGAAAAACAAUAAUUUGUUUUGGGACUUUAGUUUGCAAGACAAGGAACUUGGUAAAGGACGAUCUAGCUUGGUGAGUCACCGCGAGAUAUAGCGACUCAACAUCAGACCAUCUCUGAUAAGUGACACAUUUGGAUACUUGAAUACUCAGUGUCUGAACGGAAUCUGUCCCGUUUUUAAGGACACUAUAAUAAAUGCCCAGCCGGUCGCGUGAGGCUCUUGAGGCUGGGCAGCAAGAUGAGCUCGUGGGUUCUGCUGCUGCUGGCGACGCUCGUGGCGGGUUGUCUGCGGUUCGGUGGCGCUGAGGGGGACCCUCUCCCCCCAUCGUUGGUUGAGUUGGUGAGGAACAGUCCUAUCUCGUCAAUGCAGGAGCUACAACAGCUGUUGGAGCAGGAGACAAACUCCAUAGAGGAGCCUAUCGAGCUGUCGUCCAAUGAGAUCUAUUCAAAUGAAACACAUGGAAGAUAUAAAAGAAACCUUGAUGCCCAGCCAGCCCAGCAGGCGGUGUGUAAGGUCCGGACGGAGGUCAUGGAGAUCACCAGGGCCAUGCUGGACAGACGCAACGCCAACUUCCUGCUGUGGCCUCCGUGUGUGGAGGUCCAGAGGUGCUCCGGCUGCUGUAACAGCAGGUUGAUGCAGUGCGUCCCCAGUACCCUUCAGACCAGAUACCUACAGGUCACAAGGAUCCAGUACAUCGACAAGAGGGCCCACUACGACACGGCUGUGAUCCCCGUAGAAGACCACGCCUCCUGCCGCUGUCAGUCGCACACCUCCUCCGCGGCCCUCACCCGAAGCCCCCCGCCAACUCCCCCCGCCCGGCUCACCCCCAAACCCCCGUCCCUCUACAAGCAGGAACUUCAUCGCCAUGACGACAUGAAGGCCAAUCAGAGGUUUCACCUGGACGACAGGGAGCAGAUGGAGAGACAGUGGCAGUCCAAGUACACGGCGUCUCACACACACACCACGGCGGGGGCCGCGGCCAGGACACACACCCACCCGGCGACACACACACAGACACAGCCUAUGGCACAGGGUGGUCUCCUGUCGGACGCCCCCCUGGGGCAUGGCAGCGGGUAUGAGGGGGGGAGAAGUGGGGAUGGGGGGUCACACACUCACCGACGCACACACACCGACGCGCACACGGUCGCACAGCCCGACGGGGGCGACAGGGCGGCGGAGGUGCAAAGACAGCAGGAAUUGCAACAGCAGCAACGCUAUCAGCAACAACAAUACCAACAUCAACAGCGGCCAUAUAAACAACAACAACAACAACAAUACCAACAUCAACAGCAACAACAAAAUCUACAACAGAACCAUCCAUACAGCCAAGAGCCGGAGCCCAUGACUCAAUACAGACAUGACACGCUCCAGUCAGAUAGCAGUGGACCACCUGACACAAAGCACCCGGCCAAUCGCAAACCAGAACAGGACAGUGGCAACACAGAACCAGCCAUUGAGAAAGAUUCAGUGCCAGAGGCGACCAAUAGAGACACACACAAGCAUACAGAGGUCACAAAUCAGAGACAGGCGGAGAAAGACGUCAUCGGUCACAGAAACGAGAAUGAUAAAGAGCGGCACAGCCAGAAAGAGCUGACCAGUCAGGAACAAAGACUCUCUGAGUCAACCAAUCACAGACACCUAGGCUCAGAGCCGACAAAUCAGGGCGACUCCGCCCCAGAGGAAGAGAGGAGGAAGAAACUUCUUGAACUCUUACAGGACACUGAUCAGAAACAACAGCCUUACCUUCCUAGUCCUCAUCUUCCUCACCAACAGAGGCAUAGUCUUCAUCGUCCGUCUCAGACGCAGACAGACACCGCCAUGCAACGACCAGUGCCGCCAACGUUACCGCUGAGCAGGGCACCUAGCCGACCGUCCAGCACCCCGUCCCGGCCGCCCGAGCGCCCCUUCAGGCCCGCCCUGCCACGCGGACGGAGGAGGAGGCGGAAACACCGCGGCCGAAUCAGCAAGGCCUCUCUCCGAGCCAUGAUCAUGUAGGGAGACGAAGGCAUCUGGGGCCUCUGUGUCUGCCAGACACACCCAGGGGUCCUGUUCACUGAGCAGAAACAAGCGGGCCCGAACGGAGGGGCUCACAACUUCGACUUUCCAUCCCACGCCCCGGCGAACACGUCCCAGAAGUGAAACGAGGAAUUCUGAGAGAAAAGAGGCUGGCCGCGAUCUCAAAGAGGACAAAACAGAGACACGCAGCGCUAAAGGACUCUGCUGCUGGCUAUGCUAAUUAACGAACUUUACUGCAGGCUGCAUCAAACGCUGCUGCUAGCUAUGCUAACGGACAUUUCCGCGGCAAGUUUUGCAUCCCGUACAAGGGCUGGUGCCUGCUAAACAGGAUGUUCCUAUUCAAAACUAUCUAGCUUUAUUAAAAAUAAAAGACAGACAAUGCACAAUCUCAGAGACUCCUUGCAAAGGACAUUGUUCUGGAUGUUAAACGCUGAUGUCACCUUUGGAAAAGAUGGUUCGUGAAACGACGUGUUUGAAAACCGGAUGCUGAUUGGACAGUUGACUUGUAAAGGGUGUAUGCCGAUGUUAUCUGGAAUGCUUGCAACAGCCUUUGAGUGGUUGAUUUAGAUGCCAUGACACAAGACCUUUUCUCCUGAAAGACUACUGAUUGGAUGCAGAGUGUAGAAAGCAAAUCCCAUUGGCCCAAAAUUGUUCUCCGUGCCAUACAAAAGACAAUGCAGGGCUGGGUUUUUUGUUUUUGGUCACUGGAAUGGACUUGCCAUUGUUCUCAGAGAAACUGAUUUCUGCUCUGGGUUUGACUGGUGUCGCUGGUGUAACUGUACUGGAAACAUGACUGGAACUAGGAACAAUUAAACGGAGGAGGCGAAGCACUGAGAGUGCAAGUACAGGCUCAGGACAUUUCACACGUAAACAUGAGGAUGUCACCACAGGACAGUACAUCCUCUGUCCACAUCUACUGGCCCAUAACCAGGGGGGCUUCUGGGUACUUUGCCCCGGAGAAAUAGAUCCACGAAUCCCAGCUGUAAGAUUCAUAAAGAAAUCCAGAAUUAUCUAAACAACAUUUCAGAAAACCCUGGUAACAUCAGGACAGCGGCAGGUGUUUUGCAACACUAUGUCAAACCUGUCAAAACACUGGAGUAAGUUAAACACUGGACAGAACAUUGAACUGAAUACUGUAGAUACUGAUACCGUUUAGAACUGGAUAACAUAGCUGCUGAUACUGUACAGAACUGGAAGACCUACAUACUAAUAUUGUACAGAACUGGAAGAGAUAGAUUCGGAUACAGUAUGCAACAGGAAGCUAUAGAUACUGAUAGGUCAUUGAAUUGUAAAACAUAGAUACAGAUUAAGUAUAGAACUGUAGGAUGUGGUGAUACAGUAUGGAUCAGGAAGACCGUGAAAACGAACAGGGAAAGCAGAUGAAGAACAUGUAGACUACUCGUAUGACAGAGAUUCAACGGAACUGUAGAUCUGACUAUUUUAGCCACCAUCAGCUUUAUCCUUGAACUCAACAUAGCCUGGGAUUUGUGUUGUCCUGCUAUAGCCUAGCCCGUUGUCUAUGUCUUGCGUAGCGUUUAGUCUAACAUGCUGUGUAGCGUUGUCGAAUGUAGCACCAGUGUAGCCCCCAGGCUACCAAAUUAAGGAAGCACAGGAGAGUUUGUGGGGGGAGGAUUUAGUUGGAUCCAGCCUAGAGCCGCGUUAUAGCGAGCUUUUCAUUUAAAGAUGAUUUUCCAGUCGAGCCAACAUCUGACGUUGACCUUGCUGUGAAUACCCACCACUGAGAAAACAUUUAAUUGGAGAAAAUAAAGAUGAUUUAAAAUGUGAUUUAAAGAAAACAGCUGUGCACUUUGUAAUAAAACUUUGUAGUUAUCGCUAACGCCUCAGUUCCAGCAAUGUUUCGCCAUAUGGAUUUGUUUUCAUGAAGCAUGCUCUUAUUGGACCAGGAAUUCACCAACUGCUGAAGAGGUUUAGAGGGGUUGUGAGAGAAAUAGACUUUUUCAAAAGUCUCAAAAGGCUGUUUUUCUGUUUUCAGAGAAAGGGGACAUGCUAUGAGAGACAAUGGUUAGCCAACACUGUAUGUACAGUAGAUUAUUUUAAAAAAGCUUAUUUUUUAUUUCCCUUUUUCUUAACUUAUUUAAAAUGGAGGAUGUGUCAUUCUCUUGUUCCUAAGUGUAAUUAUUGUUGCUGAUGGUUAUUAUGGUUGUAUAAUGUAAUUGUUGAAUUAAUGCUAUUUUUAAUAUAAAUAUAAAGGCCAGAAUUAUAUUAAUGUAAA